CCUUUGUUUAUCUUUAUGACUUGCAAAAUGUUGGCCCGUUAGUAAUCAGGCCUGAAAAAAAAGAAACAGCCGCUGAAGAAGAGAGCACUGAAAGAUCUGAUGUACUCGAUGUUCAAGCUAGGCCGAUUGGUGGGGGGGAGCUUCCUCCCACAAACUCUACGGGCCUCUAACCAAUACCAAAUCAAGACGGAGACCGCAUGAGAAACUGCUUAUAGGAAACCAAGACUGAGGAGGUGUCACAUGAAAACUGAAAAAGAGAAGAGUGAAGUAUAUUCAGAGGAAGCUGGCAAGAGAAAAAUGGAGAAUCCAUUGCUUUUAUCCCCUCAGCUAAACCCUACUUCAAGAGUGAAAUCGCUGUAUAAAAUAAUGAAAUCCAUGCAUAAAGAGGAGUCAAAGCCAGACACAAAAAGCAGGUAAGAGGCUGUGGUGUUCGCCUUUGUAGGAUGAAUGUUUUGUUGUCUGCACAAAGGAGUGGUUGGUGAUUGCCUUCUGUUGCAAGGCACGGACAACAGCCCUCAAGGGGGAGGGGAAUAUUCCAAUAUUCUCCUGCAUGUGGCUGCAGCUCCAAGGAAAAGGGACCAUGACCAUGACCUUGAUAUUCCGGUACAAGCUUUACUCAACAACUCUGAACAUUCCCAAAGCUGUGCAACAGCAAAAAUGACAGUCUCUGCUAGUAUCUGAAAGGUUAGCAGAUGUAUUGCGACAUAAGCUUCCAUUGACUGGAGCCUACAGUGUCAGAAGCACAGCGCAGUCUGGAAACUUUAUGUGCUGCUCUAAAAAAAAUUUUAAGGGAGCCAUGAGGUUGGUAGUUCACAGUUGGGUGGACUUGCAUGACACUGGAAUCAGUAGAGCUUAACUGCACCCAAAUCUGGGAGGUGACAGAGUCAAGGACAGUGACAGGGGUGACAGCCAUCACUUCUCUCUCUCUCUCUCUCUCUCUCUCUCUCUCUCUCUCUUGUUAUAUGGAUUAGGCCCAGAGGAAGAGGGCAGGUGAAGCUGUAGUGGUGACAAUGGAGAAGAAGAGGAGGACUCACAUAGGAAAAGGGACCACAAAAGACAUGGUGCACAAGCCCUUCAAUACCUCCAAAAAUAAUAUCCUGAAUUAUAAAGCAAGACUUACACUGACAAUAGGGUGAAAAACACUCCCUUGUGAAGUUUCAAGUGUUGACGUAUCAAUUUGCUAACAAAUACCUAAACUCUUUUGCUUUAAUGGUAAGCCAUAUAGCAUCCCAAGGGGGGAAAAGAAUAGAUAUAUUGUUUCUGUUUACUUAAAAAAGCUAGUUCUCAGGUUAUAGGGAGCUUGGGUUGUUGCUUUCCUUUGUCAACGUUUGAUUUAUAUACUUCUUAAUUACAACAAUUUUUAACUGGUGUACAUAUAAUUUGCUGCUGCUAUUAUGUUAUGUUACUUCUUAUUUGCCAACCCAGUUAGAAACAAUGCGUGACAACUGGGCCUUUUCCAAGCAUGCAAGGCUCCCUAAGAGUAUGGCAAGGUCUUAGUUCCAACUUUCCAGGGUCAUUUUUAGUGGAGUUUGUAAAUUAGGAACUGCCAGGGUGAGAAUUAUGUACAGAGACUUAAUUGCAUUACAUUGAUUGUUUUCAAAUAAUAAACCUGGUAAUUAAAACAGGCUUUUCCUAAUGUCUCAGCUAAGGCUGGAACUAGAUGUUCUGGCUGUUGUUGAAAACUCCAGCCCCACAAAUCUCUCUCUUCCUAAUAACAUCCGAUAUGAUGCUAUUACACUCUGAGUUUCCUCACCUCAACAAAUGGCAAUCGAUGAAUUGGAGUGGGACAGGGGAGCUCAAAGUGUGAUGGCACCGCAUAACAAAUUUAUUUUUCUUAGUAGGGAUGAAUGAGAAUGUAGUUCUAUCCACAUUUUUAAGUGAACUGACCUAAUUUGCACCUCCCAAACUAAUGCAUGUACUGGAGUGUUAAUUAUCCUUUGGAUUUUGCACAUCUCUGAAUUUUGCAAUACAGUUGCAGAGACAUCGCAAAGACAUUGUGCAGAACAUUGUAGCACAUUUCAUAUUUUGGGAUUCAAUAUGUUUAGGAAUGCAUACACUGAGAUAAAACACAUAGGUUGUCAUCCAAUGCUUGACAGACUCGUAGGAGACCCAUUGAAUUCAUUGGACUAAAGUCUCUUGAUUUCAGUGGGUCUACUUGAUGACUUAAUUGGAUUUCACUCAUAUUUAAAUACCGAACAUGUAAUAAAAUAUUAAAUACAAAAAUUGCCAAAUCACACAUUAAUGCAAGAAUGUGAUGGAACAGACUUAUGAAUGGAUACAUAUGAAAUUGGUAUGGACCACAAAUAAAAUCAAUCUAUCCAUUCCUGUGUAAUACUACGUAUUAUGAGGGGAGAGAAGGAGAAAUUCGGGGGAGCUCUUUUUGGUGACAGACAGAUGUCUGCUGUAGUUCUUACCUAAUUUGUAGUUAACAGUUUUAAUGCUGCAAUUUGUGCUACAUUUCCCUGUUUUAGUAGGUUUUUUUAAUAGCACCAGAAGACCUUGACCCUCUCUCUUUGCUCACUACAAUUAAAUCCACAUCCCUUCCCCACCUACAAGCUAAAUCAGAGUGUAAAGAUGAAAAGACUUUCAUUUACCCUUUGCAGGUGAUUCAACAUGUAAAUGUAUGCAAAGGUGUAAGUGAGAAAUUUGUUAUUCUCUAUAGCAAACAUGGGAGAAAUAAUAUCAACAUUAGUGCAAUGGCAUGUGAGAGGGAAAUGAUCAGCUUUUCAGAAACGUUGUGCGUUAGCAAAGGGGAAGCCUUUGAAAAUCUCUUGCAGUGGUGAUAUGUAGUGGCUCAAAUUCUCUUGCAGGAAUCGGGAAAAGAAUAACCGGUUGAGUCUCCUGUUGCAGAAGUCUGAAUUGCACCCAGAUGCCCAACUUCACAAAUUUGAGAAAUUGGCAAUGGCUUCAAGGUGAGUGUGGGGGGCAGGCAAUAAUACCAGGCAGUAAAGUAAAGGUAAAGGGACCCCUGACCAUUAGGUCCAGUUGUGGCCGACUCUGGGGUUGCGGCGCUCAUCUCGCUUUAUUGGCCGAGGGAGCCGGCGUACAGCUUCCGGGUCAUGUGGCCAGCAUGACUAAGCCACUUCUGGCGAACCAGAGCAGCGCACGGAAACACCGUUUACCUUCCCGCCAGAGCGGUACCUAUUUAUCUACUUGCACUUUGACAUGCUUUCGAACUGCUAGGUUGGCAGGAGCUGGAACCGAACAACAGGAGCUCACCCCAUCGCGGGGAUUCGAACUGCCGACCUUCUGAUCAGCAAGUCCUAGGCUCUGUGGUUUAACCCACAGCGCCACCCGCGUCCCUAUACCAGGCAGUAGCCCUGUCCAAUUCCAGAAGCUCUUCAGCAUGAGACCUGUGCCUUUUAUCUAUAUACGUAGUUUAACAUUAUUCACCUCUCCAAGUGAUCAGGUGCUUAAUGGAGUCCAUUUCCUUUUGAGCAAAGAUUAUGAAAACUGCGUGGCAAUUUUGGAAUAACUGCUUAUUUGAAAGAAUACAGGCUGAGCAGCUGAGAACUGAGGACAUGCAUAAACAAACUGAUUAAUCCUCAGCAAGCUUCAGUUCCCCAAAAGUAGCAGCAAGCAGGCACUAUAAUUCAAACUGUUUCUCCUUUUCUGUUUUGGACUCUUUCAAAAUAGCCUUGCUACCCAUACUCAACUUCCCAUUAAGCCAAAGGAGCAUGUGAUCUUCUAAACUGGCCUCGAUUGGCCUAGUCAAUGUUGCUGCGGGACACAGAGCUCGGCCAAAAUGGGCACUGCUUUUAGAGUUCACCAACCUGGAAAAAGCUCCCAACCCUGCCUGCUGUGUGAAGAGAUUCAAAGAUGUGUGGAAAUAUGAAUACGUUCAGAAUGGGAGCCAUAUGAUGUAGAAAGUGUAACCUCAGCAAUGUCCAGUUUGAUGCCAUCACUUUGUUAGGAAGGAAGGAUGACAGGAAGCGGGGGGUGGGGGGUGCAGAAGCUGCAGCCAGUUGGGCUGCAGUCAAUAAUGAAACAAUAUGAACUGAAGGCGAGGGGUUGAGGUUUUGCUUAUAUGCUAAUUGGUGGGUGUGGAUAUUGCUUUGCUUAUUAAGUGAGUGUUGCUAUUUCUUUGUGAUGCUGACAUACAAAGCAUUUUGCAUUUAUAAUUUUGAAGGAAAAUGUAGCCAAUGCCUUUUAAAUUCUUUAAUUGCAUUGGUUCAGCAGCCAACAUUAUUAUUAUUAUUAUUAUUAUUAUUAUUAUUAUUAUUAAUUUGUUUUUAUUAAAGAUUUUCCUGGGUUACAAAAGUACAUGCAUGGUCUAUUUUUUUUCAGAUCAUAAAGUCCUUUCUACAGAUCAGUUAUAUUCACUGUGAAACUUUAAUGUUGUAUAGAGUAUAAGGUUGGGAGAAAAGAAAGGUGGGGUUUUGUUUGCUAAUAUUUAUACAGCUGUUGUGUUGUUGUUGUUUUUGUUAUGUUAUGCAAAGUAUCAAUGGAAUAUAAGAUCUCCCUCCUGCCCCCGCCAUGGUAUUAUGUAUGUGUAUAUAGAUUUCUUUGCUGUAAGUCAGUUAGAAACCUUCAGGUUACAAGUGACUAUUCAGUUUAAUAAAUAAAUAAAUAAGAACAUACAACAGCAAUAUAUUUCCUAUAAACAGAGAUUUUCUGUGAGCUUCACCCCCUGACUGUACUAAAAUCACAUGGUUGUCUGAGCCUCUUAAUAACUCACCUAUCCCCUCCUGAUCUCUCUCAUUCUCUUUCUCUCAUUUUUCCUCGUUUUGCUGUCAUUGAAUUUGCCUGCCUGCCCUGCUUCCCCCUCUCUCUGUUGUCUAUUCCUCCCCAAGCUAUCUAAAAUUUAUAUUGUAACCUCCUUGGGAACUGCAGCCUUUCUUUCAGCUUACAUUACUCUAUGAAGUGCUGUGUAAUAAUUUGCCUUAAUCAUAAGUCCUACAGCCCUAAAGGGCAGCCAAGCAAAUAUUACGAAAGGUCAUUCCCAAACCUUUUCACAGGGAGAACGAAUGAGAUCUCUACUUACCUUUCUGUGAACAACAGAACCAGAGAUCAAUAAACAAAAUUCACAGUCUGCCAUAUUUGAUAUUUUUUUUAAAAAAAUACACUGUCCUUGCCCGUUCCCUGCCACCAGAAUAAAAUAAAAUAAAAUCCAGUGCUUCAGAAAUAGCAUGACAUUUGAAAAAUGUUAUUUUGCUGUUGAAAAAAACGACAGGCUUCGUGUGUUAAAAUUGUUACGGGGCCACUGCGUAUGCAUCUUUGUUCCCAUAAACCAUAGAGCUUCCUGCGAACUGUUAAAAAUAGCCUGUGGUCACAGAUUCUUAGACAGGCUGCAUUUGAAACCCCAUCUCAGUGAAAGCAGUUCAUUUUGCCUUUUGUGCUUUUCUCCUCACCAUUUCGAAAAGACAGCUGACCCCAUUGUCUUAUGAUCUUUACCAUAGAGAAUGUUUGGGCUUUUUAUUAUAUAUUUAAAUUCCAGGGACACAACAAAAUAAUAUCUGUGGGAAAGUACCGUACUUUUCCCUCUAUAAGACGCCCCCAUGGAUAAGACGCCCCUAUUUAGGGACGUGGGUGGUGCUGUGGGUUAAACCACAGAGCCUAGGACUUGCCAAUCAGAAGGUCGGCGGUUUGAAUCCCCACGACGGGGUGAGCUCCCAUUGCUUGGUCCCUGCUCCUGCUAACCUAGCAGUUCGAAAGGACAUCAAAGUGCGAGUAGAUAAAUAGGUACCGCUCUAGCGGAAAGGUAAACGGCGUUUCCGUGCGCUGCUCUGGUUCACCAGAAGCAGCUUAAUCAUGCUAACCACAUGACCCGGAAGCUGUACGCCGGCUCCUCGGCCAAUAAAGCGAGAUGAGCACCACAACCCCAGAGUCGGUCACGACUGGACCCAAUGGUCAGGGGUCCCUUUACCUUUACUAUUUUGGUGGGACUGAAAUGUCAGAAAAUGGGGGGAGAAAAAUUCUAAAGAUGGCGGCGCUUGCAGACGCUGCGGCUGAGAGCUCCUGGAGAGGAGUCUUUGUUAGGACAAAUUAUUUAUAUUGUAUUUAAUUAUAGGGUAUCAGAGUUUUAGGGGACUAACCAGGCUGGGAUAGCUGGGAUAGCAGGCUUGUUGGUUUUUGAAUGUCUGGUGUAGAUUUUUUUCAAUUUCGUUGUUCUGUAUGGGACAAUGACAAUAAAGAUUAUCGUAUCGGAGAUGGCAAAAGGUUGUUGAGCUUUUUUUUAGGGGGCAAUGUUGAAUAUCGCUCACCCGCAUGCAUCGCAAAAUCCGCCUCUCAACUGUCCCCUCACUGGCAGAAGCUGCCAAUCACCCGCCCAAUUGCCGCAGCAGCAGCCAAUCAAACAUCUGCCCUAUUCACUACCCAGGUAUAGGACGACCUCCACUUUUUAGCAUGAUUUUUAAGGGGGAAAGCCUAGGCUUAUACACGGAAAAGUACGGUACUUUUAUUCCCCUCAACACUUUGAAGAUGGGGGGGGGUGGGAUCUGCACAAUUCAAUAGUGGGAGAAAUGUCAGCAAAAUUAGAGAAACAGUUUUUGAAGGCUUGAGGGAAAGAGCUCCCCUUUGCAAAGUAAUCUGAUUCAACGCUGUGUAAAAUAUGGCAAACUGACAGCAAUAGGAGAUAAUGUGUUGUAGAGGAAAUCCUCCAAAUUACUCAAAAUGAAUAACUAUUUUUCCUUACCCCACUCUCUUUUUUUGGUCUCUCGCAGUGAAACCCCUGAAACUGUGAAGAAGUGGGGCGAAUCUUUUGACGAACUGAUUUCUCAGAAAGGUUUGUGUUAGGGUUUUCAGCUGGAAUUAUGCUGCAUAAAAGGUCCCCCCCCACACACACACACUUUCUUUCAUUUUGAAAGUAGGCUCAAAACUAUAUUUCAUGCUGAAAUGUCUCAUUUGUGAUUAUUCUUCUGUGGUGGAGGACUAGCCAUGUGUAAACAGAGGAAGUCUAUUAAGUCCGACUUCCAACAACAAAUGGAUUCCUGUGGAGCGUGGCCUUGAAUUUUGAUCAGAAAACAGACCUGAGGAAACUUAGAAGUGGCUGAGCUUCUCCAGAGGAGACAAUUAUUCAGCGGGCCAUAUUGCUCAAAGGUGAUGUGAGGAAUCCUCGUAGACAGUUGAGGGUUAAGUUACUUGUACAUUAUAUAUUUACAGAGAAUUGUAAAUCGUUAUUUGUUGGAAGUAGAGAUCUUUCAUAUCAAAAAAGACUCUUCAAAUGUCAUACACCAUUAGGAAUUACAGUAAGGAAAAGGCUUGCUCAUUGUAAGGUUAAAAGCCAAGUACAUUGUGAUCUAUGGUGGUUUUGCAUUUGCACAUGGGUCCCCCCCCCAUACUCAGAGUAAACCAUUUAAAUCCAUGGGCAUGACCAACUUAAAUUCAUUGUUUUCAAUGGGUCCACUCAUGCUGCCCUAAAACCUUUUUGCUGGUCUUAGGAACCUCGUAAAACGUAACAUUUAAAAGUAGGGGUGCAAAUCAGCUUAACACAAUCUGUUUAUCAACUAAUGCUGAAUUUGAUUGAUCAGACAACUGAUACCUAUUGCUGUGCAUGGACAGCGGUACCUUGGUUUUCAAACUUAAUCUGUUCCGGAAGUCCGUUCCAAAACCAAAGCGUUCCAAAAACAAGGUGCGCUUUCCCAUAGAAGGUAAUGCAAAAUGGAUUAAUCCGUUCCAGACUUUUAAAAACAACCCCUAAAGCAGCAAUUUAACAUGAAUUUUACUAUCUAACGAUACCAUUGAUCCAUAAAAUGCAAGCAAUAAACAAUGUACUGCAGUCACACAAUCAAUCAAUCAAUCAAUCAAUCAAUCAGUAGCUGAACUGGGUUCCACACAGUCACAAAAAAAGAGCCACAGAAACAAAAACACAAAAUAAAUAGCAAAAACAGAUAGACCUCAGCGUAACACUCAGAACGGAAGUGUGGCACUCAAAUUGGAAGCAUAAUACUCAAAACAGAGCACGUUCGGCUUCCAAAAACAGUUCACAAACCGGAACACUUACUUUCGGGUUUGCAGUGUUUGAGUUCCAAGUUGUUUGAGUACUAAGGCGUUUGAGAACCAAGGUACCACUCUACAAAGUUGGACAAGAGUCAGCAUGUAAAUUUCAACAUUGUUCACUUCUACACCACACAUUUAAAGCACAAUGCUAUCACUUUAACAGUCAUGGCUUCCGACUAAGAAUCCCAGGAACUGCCAUUGGUUAAGGGUGCUGAGAGUUGUUCGGAAACACCUAUUCCCGUCCCUGAGUUUCCAGGGAAUAGGGUUUGAUUGUCAAACAAUUAUGAGAAUUCUAGCUUUGGAAAGUACUGGAAGACACAAGAAUUACCCACCCGAGAAGAAUGGCAGAUGAAAGUGAUGGACUAUAUGGAGUUGGCUGAGAUGACUGGCAGAAUCCGAGACCAGGGAGAGGGGUCGGUGGAAGAAGACUGGAAAAAAUUUAAAAUAUAUCUUCAAAAAUAUUGUAAUAUUAAAGACUGUUAGAAAGAUGUCGGAAAAAGAAAAUUUAGGUAGUUUUGGUAGAUAUGACAUUAAGGAUUAAGCAAAAAUGAGUUGAUGAAAUUGAUGAAACAGAGGAUGUUUAAUUAUAAUAUUUUAAAUUAAAAUACGUAAAUGAAAAUAAGGUUGGAAGGACUUGCUGGAAAAAUGAUCUGAACUAGAAUACAAAAUUGGGAGGUGAGAGGAGGUCAAGGAAACAAGUAAAGGGAAAAGUUAUGUAAAGGUUUAAUUUGUUUUUGUUUUAAUUUAAUUUAAUGUAUUCUUAUAUUUUUUGUCUUGUAUAUUGUUCUCUUUUUUCUUUUUACUUUGCUCUGUUGUGGAAAUUUUUUUUUUUUGUAUUUCUUUUUAUAUUUUGUACUUUUUUUACUCUUUUUGUAAUCUUAAACUUGGAAUAAAUAUCAUUAAAAAAAAGAGAGAGAGAGAAUUCUAGCUUUGUAAGGGGAAUAGCAAUCUCCUUACCACUCUAAGCAUCCUUAACAAACUACAGUUCCCAGCGGUCUUUGGCGGAACCCAUGACUGUUAAAGUGGUAUUAUAGUACUUAUAUGUAUGGUGCAGAUAUGGUCAUGCAGAAAUAAGAAAACCUCACGUGUCAAUAUCCCUAUAAUAGAAGCAAUAUAAUUUCACUGAUCAUUUGGCAAGACGGGGAAAGAAAGGGGAGGUGUUUUCCACACACACCCUAUAACAUUUUUGUCACAUUGAGCAUAGAAAUGGGAUAUGGGGCCUUCUAUUUUCUAAACGUUUAUUCCCAUACCCCCAUUUAGGUCUUAUCAUCUCUAUCGAUUAGGCAUGUUUUCACUGAGGUUCUGAAUAUGUGUCUGAGCUAAAUCACAACAGACAAUUGAUUUUGUAACUGGGCAUUUUUCAAAAGAAAACAAAAAUUAUAGAAAACCUAGUUAUCAGGGAGAUAACUAGCCUGGCCUAUGACCUCUCUUGCUAUGUGGAACGGCCUCCUACCAGAUGUCGAGGAAAUAAACAACUAUCUGACCUUUAGAAGACAUCUGAAGGCAGCCCUGUUUAGAGAAGUUUUUAAUGAUUGAUGUUUUAUUGUGUUUUUAAUAUUCUGUUGGAAGCUGCCCAGAGUGGCUGAGGAGGCCUGGCCAGAUGGGUGAGGUAUAAGUAAUAAAUAAUAAUAAUAAUAAUAAUAAUAAUAAUACUGAAAAAGGUGUUUCUGUUUCAACUGUGAUUGAAGAAAUGUAAUUAUGUUUUAUUACUUAAUAUGCCUUGCUUUGAAUCUCUUUUCUUUCAUAGGUGGAUUAGAUGCAUUCACAAGGUUCCUGAAAAGUGAGUUUAGUGAAGAGAACAUUGAAUUUUGGAUGGCAUGUGAAGAUUACAAGAAGAACACAGAAGCUUCCCAACUUUCACUCAAAGCAAAGACCAUUUAUGAGACCUUCAUAGAAAAAGAAGCUCCGAAGAGGUAUAGUGAAAACGAUCCUUUUGGCGCAAUCUGUCUUGCAUAAGUUUAAAAAUAUUCAGGCAACAGGUGAUAGGAAAAACCUCUGCCUGGAAGAGAAACAAUAGCAGGCAAGAUGGACAAAUAGACUGACCUAGAUGAAACCCCAAACCAACUUGCUAGGAUGUCAGCCCCAUUGAACACAGUAGAACCUAUUUCUGAGUAAAAAUGCAUUUGCUGCAUGGUGCUUAACCUUGUCUGCAUUGAGGCCACAGUUUGAAAACAUGUCGGGAAAAUUAUAGCACAUGCUACCACAACAACAUCAAUUUGAAGUACAAAUAUUAGUUUAUGUGCCCAUAUGUAUCUGCCUAUAUUUGAUGCUAAUACAUUAGAAUUACUUUUCAUCUGUCUGCUAAACCCAUAAUUAUAGAUGUAAUUAGUGUUACAUACAAACCAUUCCUAUUACAUUGCCAAGAUUUCAUAUAAUAAGCCAAAUGAAUAAAACAAAUCACCAGCUUAAACACAGCAUUGAAGUAAUAAUCAUCGUCUAAAAAGAUUGAUUACAGAUUUAUUCCAAAAGGCGGUACUAAUGAUGGUGUAUUAGUGACAUAUCACAUGUAAACAAAUAUACACACAGUUGAUGUUUCAGUCCAGGUUCUUAAUUGUAUCUUACUAGCCAAGUGCCCAUGAUGUCAAGUAGGGAAGACCUGCAUAUUAGCAUAUCUUAUUAUAGGAGAUAACCUCCAUCCAUAUUUACUACCAUGACUGGUACAAUAAAGCAGGAAGUCUCUUGGCCCAACUGGAUUGUGGAAAAGAGAUCUUCAACCCUAUUGACAUCUUCUUCUCAUGAAGGCUCACUGAAACCCAAGCCUGGUCAUCUUCCAGAAGUAAUGUACGACAUCUUGUUUCCAAUACGCUUUUGACAGUCCACAGUAGAAUGAAGAACCGUCUUUCCCAUUGGUCUUAGUGGUGCUUUGCGCCAGGGCGCCUGUCUCUCAGGGGCAUCCUAGCGAGUGGGGGAGGUGUGCGGCUUUGCCGGCAGCCUCCACUUUCCCUGCAUGCCCGCCAGCUGUGCCCCACCAACUAUAUGGCUAGCGGGCGUACAGCUUCCCUCCCAAACCUCUGCAUCUGCAAAAGACAGCCCUGGUUUGAGGUUGAAUCCUGACAAGAAAGAAAUACUGUUCUUGGGGGAGAGGGGCGGGCUGGUGUGGAGGACUCUCUGAUCCUGAAUGGGGUAACUGUGCCCCUGAAGGACCAGGUAUGCAGCCUGGGAGUCAUUUUGAACUCACAGCUGUCCAUGGAGGCACAGGUCAAAUCCAUGUCCAGGGCAGCUGUCUACCAGCUCCACCUGGUAUGCAGGCUGAGACCCUACCUGCCUGCAGACUGUCUUGCCAGAGUGGUGCAUGCUCUAGUUAUCUCCCGCUUGGACUACUGCAAUGCACUCUACGUGGGGCUACCUUUGAAGGUGACCCAGAAACUACAACUAAUCCAGAAUGUGGCAGACUGGUGACAGGGGCGGCCGCUAAGACCACAUAACACCAGUCUUGAAAGAGAGCAUGUCCGCCAGCACGUUUUCCUGCUUGAUCACUGCCACCACACCAGGGAUCGGGGCCAUGGGGGAGGCAGAGGACAUUUUCCACCGCCCCCUCCCUUGUUUUGGAGUUUUGUCUGGGGGGCACCGGAGGGAACUUUGCACCAAGGCGCCGGAUAUGCUUAAGAUGACCCUGGUAGAAUGAAAUAAUUUACACAUUUUUUCCUAUUCAAGCCCUUGACUUGUUAGAAGUCCAAUAAAACUUGGACAAAUAUAUUGCACUGAGACAUAUUGCGAUGCUCCCCCAACUCAUGUGAUCUGUGUUGCUAACAGGACAGCCUGUUGGGUACACUAUUAAGAUACCAUCCCAAACCCAGUGCAGCAUUAUCCCCACAUGCCUGAAAUCCGCUUCAGGCUCUUUGGCUGGGAAAGAGCAUACUGGUACCAGGAGCAAAUACUUUUUCCUGGUAGGAGUCAAUGCUAGGCAUUCAGUUUCUGUGGGAGAAAAUAAAAAUAGUGCACUGUUGGGUUGAAAUAAGCGACAGACGAAUGGCAAGGUGUCAUACGGGAGGCAUCUCCCGAGCACAUGCUCGGGAGUCCCUUUUAUUGAAUAUUACAGCAUUUCCACAUAUGUGCUUGUUGCUGAUUGGUUAACAUGAAUACAAUGCAAGGGCAUUAAUCAUGAAGGUUGGGAAAGUGAACACAUGGUUACUAGUGAUUGAUAUUGCAUGACUUGAAAGAACAUAACAAUCACAGUCCGUAGAUGUGGUCAACAAUGCAUUAAGAACAGGUCAAGGUACACUGUUUCAUGAACUCAAUGGGAACUGAUCAGAACAUUCCCAGACCCAUGCACAGAGGCAGAAACUUCCCAGCAGUGCACCUGCCCCUGUGCAUCUCGGUUUGAGACAGACUGUGCUUCCUUUUAAGUGCACCUCAAAUUUGUAGCCUCGUGCAGCUCAUGGGAGCCAGUGUCCCUUCCCCUAACUACAUAGCCCAAAUUCAUGGAGGAAAAAGAUAUCAGUGGCGACUAGUCAUAUAUGCCACAUCCAGUUCCGAAGGUAGUAUAACUAUUGCAUAGGUGUUGGGGGGGUAUCUUCCCUCUUCCCCUUUCCCAAUUAACCUCCGUCUCCAGGGUUCAGUGGCAGGAGGGAGCACAGAGGAAGAAUCACACCAUGACAUCGCCAGGGUCUGCCCACAGUGACAUCACCAGGGGGCCACCCCUCGGUCUCAGGUUUGAGCUCUGAAAUCUCAGGUUGUGGGAUGCUCCUGACCUGAAUAGCAGCUGCUGGGGUAACAACAAUGGAGGAAGGCUACAACGCACAUGUGCUGCUUGUGGGUUUCUAGGAGGUAUCCUUUGGGCCACAGGGGAAAGCAGGAAGCUGGACUAGAUGGGCCUUUCAUUGGAUCCAGCAGAGCUUCUCUACAGAAGUAUAAAUCAUGUUUCUUUGAAGAUUUGAUAAACAUCUGUCUGUGGUUUGUGUGCUCUCCUUGCAACAAUGUGAUGACUGACCUUAGUGGGACUCGAACAGCCUGUGACUGCUCGAGUCCUGCAUGUUGAUAGGGAUUGUGUGACUGCCUUUAUUUUUAUUUUUAUUUAUUUAUUUGCUUUUUUCAAUAUAAUUUUUAUUAUUUUCAUUAAUAAAACAUAAACUUAUGACUGCCUUUAGAAUUUCACAAACUCCUUAAGAUGUGCUUUUACCAUGCUGUGGCAAUGAGAUCUAACUGGUUUUUAGAUCACAUCAUCACCCACAAAGAAUCCUGUGAAUUGUUUGUGAAGGGUACUAAGCACUGUAGCUCUGUGAGGUGUCUCCAGGUAAUUUCAGCACCCCUGCCAAACUACAGUUCCCAAAACUCUUUGGCAGUGGGGGCAUGACUGUUAAAUUGUAUAAAAGGUAAGGGGACCCCUGACCAUUAGGUCCAGUCCUGACCGACUCUGGGGUUGUGGCGCUCAUCUCGCUUUAUUGGCCGAGGGAGCCGGCGUACAGCUUCCGGGUCAUGUGGCCAGCAUGUCUAAGCCACUUAUGGAGAACCAGAGCAGCGCACAGAAAUGCCAUUUACUUUCCCGCUGGAGCGGUACCUAUUUAUCUACUUGCACUUUGACAUACUUUCAAACUGCUAGGUUGGCAGGAGCUGGGACCGAGCAGCGGGAGCUCACCCCGUCGUAGGGAUUCGAACCGCCAACCUUCUGAUCGGCAAGUCCUAUGCUCUGUGGUUUAACCCACAGCGCCACCCGUGUCCCGUUAAAUUGUAUAAGAGUGCUUUAAAAAUUAAACUGUGGUGUAGAAGCUUACUGUUAAGGCUGAAACUCAGCAGAAACUGAGGUUUUCCCCCCAGCAGUAACCACACACAACUUCCCCCAAAUCAGAUAGCUGACUUCCUCUGUAGUGCAAAGACACUUUGCCAUUUAAAACAAAAUUGCAAGUAUUAGAAUUUAUCUUCUCAGCACACUUUAAAAGCUACAGUGGAUAAAUAACUUUAUGCAACAGUGCAGAUAUGGUGAAUCCCCCUACAUUACGGAUAAAAUGCCACAAAACCAUGUGACUCACUUGUUAACAAUAUUUUUUCUUCCCUCCCCACUUCCAUACAAUCUUAAGGUCUUGAAGCAGAGUACCAGAUUUUUCUCUUAGUCGCCUAAUGAACUUCAUGGUCUAAAAAGGUCUAGAACUUGUGUAUUCUUGAUCCAAAAGAAACAAUUUCACAAGCCUAUGUGUAGUCAAGCAUCUGUUGCAGGGAUAGAGAACCUGUGGCCCUUCAAAUGUUGUUAAAUUCCCAUCAGCCCCAGCCAGCAAGACCAACGGUCACAGAUUAUGGGAGUUGAAGUUCAACAACAUCUGUUCCUUGGUCAUGUGUGGAAAAUCACGUCAGUUUGUACAUGGUUCCUGUAUGCACAGGACUUGAAUGUGAACUUGUAGGGUAAGCCAUGUACAGUGGUACCUCGGGUUAAGUACUUAAUUCGUUCUGGAGGUCCGUACUUAACCUGAAACUGUUCUUAACCUGAAGCACCACUUUAGCUAAUGGGGCCCCCUGCUGCUGCUACGACGCCGGAGCACAAUUUCUAUUCUCAUCCUGAAGCAAAGUUCUUAACCUGCAGCACUAUUUCUGGGUUAGCGGAGUCUGUAACCUGAAGCGUAUGUAACCUGAAGCGUAUGUAACCUGAGGUACCACUGUACUCAUUAAGAGAGAAGCUUGAGAAACACAUCAAUAAUAUUUGCUUUGCCAUGUGAUGCGUUUUCCCCCCUUUCUUUUUUUCUUUUUUUCUAGGUCAACCUUGACUUUAACACCAAAACAUGCACCAGUCAGAGCAUGAGUCACCCAACACGCAACACAUUCGAUGCUGCACAGACCAAAAUCUAUGCCCUGAUGGAGCAAGACUGUUACCCACGCUUCCUGAGGUCCAACCUUUACUUAGACCUACUCCACGGCAGACCUCAUGGCUGUUCUGCUCUUAGAAGGCGAUCGCGAUCUUUUACCUUCAAUGAGUUCAAAGAUGCCCAGCCAGAUUUUGCCAUCUGGCUUUAAAUAAAUAUUCUCCCUUGGACUUCCAUCCGUUUGAGAACAUCUUGGUGGGAGCAGAGGGACAUCGCCUCAAAUGGCUUACAUGAGUGGGACUUCACCAUUCCCGUGGAAUGGUGUCCAAGUUAACCUGCUGAUGAUCACAUUGUGAAGUUUUCAGUGCUUAGCUUCAACCAAUGCAUGAAUGGGGAGCAGCUUUGUAACUGUCUUGGGUUCACUCUGCAGUCAGAUGCUACUAAUACAGGGAGCACAAUUUCAUAAUAAGGGCCUCAUGAUUUUAGAUCGCAUGCACACAGCAUAAUGGUUUAGAUACAAAUAUAUAUAUUUGCAUCUCACAUGCAACAAGGGAUGUCAAAUUAAAGUAAGGAAAUCUCUAUCUCUUACAACAGAAACACAUUUUUGUAGGGGCAAAACAGACCUGCCUGAGAGGUGCCAGAUGGCCCUCAUUUAUUUGGAGAGGCACCAAAUAUUUUUGAGAUGUGCUAGAUGUAAAAAUAUUCAUGCUCAACCUUAUUUUUUUAAUGCAGAGAAGAGGAUGUUUCAGCAUAAGUGAAAUGUUGCCAUGGGACUAAAUAUUUACACAAUUGCUUCUCGAUACAGGAUCAUUUGGGGAUGGUUCUGAAAAUGUGAAAAACAGAGAAAAGGGAAGACUUUCUUUCCAGCUAAGGUUGAGGUAAUCCAGAUGUUUGUGUGACAGCUGCAGCUUGAUUCGGAGGAAGAGAGUGAGUUCAGGCUUUGCAAGCAUCUUAAGAUGCAGGCUGUAUUGCUGGAAAUCUGAUGUGAGAACAGUAGACUUUGGCUGUCUGUUGGAGUGUUUAAGCUACAUGUCCACCUACACUCAACUUGUGUAUUUGUAAAUAAAUGCAGUAUUUCCAAGCACC